AUGUCUCUUUUUGCAUUAAUCUUUAUCUUCCUCUUUACCCAAUCAUUGGCAACCUCAAACAAUGCCAAUGAAAACUUUAUCCGAUGCCUACUCAAUUCAACCGAGCUUACUUCUCCGAUAGCCGGAGCAAUCUACACUCCAGCCAACUCUACCUUUCCCGCCGUCUUGCAAGCUUACAUUCGUAACCUCCGGUUCAAUGAAUCCACCACCCCAAAACCUGCAAUAAUCAUCACCGCUUUAGACCUUUCUCAUGUUCAGGCCUCCAUAAAAUGCGCUAAAAAGCACAAGUUAUUGAUGAAAACCAGAAGCGGUGGUCAUGACUACGAGGGUCUAUCGUACGUCGCCGACCAACCCUUCUUUAUCCUCGACUUGUUCAACUUCCGAUCAAUCAACGUCUCCAUUGAAGAAGAAACUGCAUGGGUUCAAGCUGGUGCAACCCUCGGCGAACUUUUCUAUAGAAUCAACGAAAAAAGCAACACUCAUGGCUUCCCCGCCGGAGUUUGCCCUACGGUUGGCGUUGGUGGUCAUUUCAGUGGUGGAGGAUACGGUAACAUGAUGAGAAAAUACGGUCUUUCUGUUGAUAAUAUCAUCGACGCUGAGCUCGUUGACGUUAAUGGAAAACUUCUGAAUCGUGAAUCAAUGGGUGAAGAUUUGUUUUGGGCUAUCACCGGUGGCGGAGGAGUAAGCUUCGGAGUAGUUAUUUCAUACAAAAUAAACCUAGUUCAUGUUCCCAAUAAAGUAACUGUCUUCCAAGUGAGGAGAAUAUCGGAACAAAACGUCACCGGAGUUGCCCACCGGUGGCUACAAGUCGCCGACAAAUUAGACAACGAUCUCUUCAUCCGAAUGGUUUUCGACGUUGUGAACAACACAAACGGGGAGAAAACAAUACGUGCUUCAUUCCCAAGUUUAUAUCUUGGAAACGCAACAAACCUAAUAAAUAUAAUGGAUCAAAGCUUUCCCGAGCUAGGGUUACAAAUAUCAGACUGUCAAGAAAUGAACUGGACUCAGUCAAUUCUAUGGUACUACAGCUUCCCACCUGGUUCACCUGACACGACUCUACUCAGUCGAAUCCCUCGAACGCUGACUCAUCUCAAGAGAAAAUCCGAUUACGUAAAGAACCCUAUUUCAAAACAAGGAUUAAGGCUCAUCUUCAGAAAGAUGAUAGAGUUACAACUUCCAGUUUUAACUUUUAAUCCUUAUGGUGGACGAAUGGCUGAGAUUUCUGAGUUUGCUAAACCAUUCCCUCAUCGAGCUGGGAACAUCGCGAAGAUCCAAUACGCAGCGGAUUGGAGUGCAGAUGGUGUUGACCUAGCGAACCGUAACGUAAACCUAACUAGGGUUUUGCAUGAAUUCAUGACUCCAUUUGUGUCGAAGUUUCCUAGAGAAGCUUUCUUGAAUUAUAGGGAUUUGGAUAUUGGUGUCACUGAUAAUGGGAAGAAUAGUUAUCUCCAAGGAAUGGUUUAUGGAGUCAAGUAUUUCAAAGAGACAAAUUUUAGAAGGUUGGUGAAGGUGAAAACGAUGGUGGAUCCUGAUAACUUCUUUAGAAAUGAGCAAAGUAUCCCAACUUUGCCGUCUUGGAGGAAGUAA